AUGGGCAGAAACGAAUUUUCAAAACAGUUAAGAGCCAUGACGUACUCUGAAGUAGAGAACACACUUUCAGACAAGAAGAUGCAGGUGCUGAGAAUGAGAAAUAACGUAAAAGGAGAAGAAUACAAAAACACUUCUGAAUGGAUCACCACCAAGAAGGACAUUGCAAGAUGCUUGGGUGUCUUGACAGAGAAAAAGAGACAGGAGAUCAGAGAAGAGUGCGAGAGAGAUAAUAAGCCACUUCCAAAGUUCUUCACAAAGAAGCUCCCAAGAGCCCAAAGAGUAAACAUUCCAAAGGCAACCCUUGAGAGAUACAGACAGAACAAACACCAGCUAAGAAGAAAGAUUGUUGUCUUUACUCCAUAA